GUCACAAGACAGAAUAGCGGCGAAACCGGCGUUCGUUGUUCUCUGUGUGUGAGAAACUGAUUCCACAUUUCCUGCGUGGCUCGUGGCUGGGGACUGAGGUGGACUGGGCCGGGUUUUUAGGAAACUUUCUUAGUUUGACCACGUUCCUAUAAAAUUUUACUUCCUGCUUCUCGUAUUUUCAUCGUGAUCUCAAAAGCAGGCGGAGAUGCUGCAGGAGGGCCAGAGGUUCUGCCUCAAAUGGAACAACUACCACAGCAGCCUGACGUCGCUGCUGGACACGCUACGUCAGAUGCACGAGCUGGUGGACGUGACGCUGUGCUGCCAGGGCCGGCAGCUGCGCGCCCACCGGCUCGUCCUCUCCGCCUGCAGCCCCUACUUCCGAGAGGUGCUCAAGCAACAUCCUGGAGAUCCUGUCUUCUUUUUUAAAGACGCCGAGUUCGAUGAUCUCGUAGCAAUAAUUGAAUUCAUCUACAGUGGUCAAGUGAAUGUGGACCAGACCAGAUUUACCUCAUUUUUGGCUGUGGCUGAAAUGCUCAAAAUCAAAGGGUUGGCGAAGGAUGCCUGCGUGGAGCAGGCUGAUCACCAGCUGGAGGCGACCGAUCUCAGUACGACCUCGUGCCCGCCGUCGCCGGAUCACGGCGGCGCCGGCGCGGCCGUCCGCUCGCCGGCCCCGUCCCCGCCGGCCAAGCGUCGCCGGCGUCCGUCCUCGCCGUCGGCGGCCGCUGCCGGCACCCUGAUGGACCUGUCGAUGCCCCCGCUGCCGCCGCCGCCGCCGCCGCCACCGGUGGCUCCCGUGGCGCCGGCACCGCUGCCGCCCCCGCCCCCGCCGCCGCAGCCGCAGCCGGCUGUCCCGGUUGCCGGGCCGCUGCCGCUGCUCACGGAGUCGGAUGCUGCGGAGGAGACUGUCAGUGAGGAUGACGAGGAGACGGGCCACGGAGACGCAGCCCACACGGGACACCAUCGCCGUAACGGAGUGGAGUCGUUUGAGGCCAACGGUGAUGACUCGCUGACCGAGCUGAUGGACAUCCAAGGGAGCUCCGGACUCGUAGAGAAGAAGUUCGUGUGCCGCGUCUGCUCGCGCACGUACGCCAAUCUGAUGACGUUCCGGCAGCACUUUGAGUCGCACAAGCUGAGCAUCCAGUGCUGGGUGUGCCGCAAGCUGUGCUCGCGCGUCACUAACCUCAACGCCCACCUGCGUAACAAGCACGGCGUGCACAUGAAGCAGUCAGAGCUGCGCCAAAUACUCAAAUACAUGGAGCAGAUGGGGGUGGCGGCCGUCUCUGAGGCCAUGUCUCACGGACAGCUGAUGGGCCGACUCCUGGCCGAGUCGCCGCCGCCGCCGCCCGCCGACGCUGCCGCCCCCGCUCCCGCCCACGCCGCGCCGCUCGCCGACCAUGUUCCAGCGGCGACCAACGACAACGGCCUGACGCCCGCCGUAGCAGACGCGUGAGUAGGCGCAGCAUUCAGUCCCACCGGUCGAUUCUAAGUCGUAUCACGAGCUCUGCGUGAGGCAGACAGACCAGCGAUCUUUGACAACUAGCUCACUUUGUUUUAGGUUAGUUUUAUACGCGACGUUUGGAUGCAAACGCACGUUUUUAGUUCCUUUUGGCGUGGAUAUUUGGAUGGCGGAGUUGACUCAAAGUAUGCGGAAUUGAGCUGGUCAGAUCAUGAACGCGUUGAUGAUGAAGUUGAUUUGAUUGAUGACGGAGUGGAGGCCGAUUGGGAUGUCAUGUCGCCAUCCUACGGGGGCUGUAAUGUCUCCUGUGACGGCAGUUGAUGCGGGAUUGUGUACCUCGUUCAUUGGACUCGAGACAGAUCUCGCAAGUGUGAAAACUUCUGGAUCUCUGCUUAGUUAAGUUGCGUGUAUUGUACUGGGUCGGCGUAAGUGCGGGACAAUGUGGCCAGCGUGGCUGUCACAAAGUUACCUCCUCGAUCAUAAGUGGUUCAGCGGGGUGCGCGGUGCCUGUAUUUUCCCCUGUAUAUCUGUAGUGCCUUACUGAGUGUUCUAUAUCUGUAGUGCCUUACCAAGUGGUCUUACACCAUGGUCUUACACUAUCCACCGGACGCAGACGGCUUCUCUGCGAACGCUCACUUGUAUAUUCCGCCGCCGGCGUCGGCGGCUGCCUUGCCUUGGGAACUAUCCGUGUCUUACGGCGCGUCCUUUGACGCGAUGGGUUGCUUCUCUUACGUGCGCUGCUGCAGCGGGAGUGUAUAUAGUGCGGUUUGUAUAGUGCUGUAGGUGUCCCACCAAGUGCGCGUGAAUGGCGUGCCUCUUGGCAGCCGCCGCCGAAUGACUGCGCGUGGCGCCGACUCAAAGCGUGCCCGAGGUGAGACUGAGGAGGAGACGGGAUCUCGGGUGCGCCAGCCUGGCGGGGACAGGAGGGUAGGGGGCGGGCGCCUUGCGUAAGCGGAAGUCAUAUCACAAACAAGCAUAUCGCAUCAGAUGUGUGCACAACAACGGGUGUUUAGUUUGUAAGGUUGUGGUCGCGCGGGCGGUCGAUUCCAGGGGUCCUCCGUCGGGUGUGUUGCCCGGACGGCCCCCGUGGGGUCGUCGUCACGCCGACCGUUUACUUAUUUACGGGAGAUUUUGCCAUACGCCGCCCUCCUGGGGGCGAGGCCGUAUCCGUGGAUCUCGAGUGGCUGGGCCUGCGACAGGCGAACGUUUGCUCAUUGUGGCGGGCCAGGAGGGUCGCCCGGUCUCAAACAGCAUUGUUUUUACCCAUAUCGCUGGUGUCAAUAUUUAUAUUUUACCUCUGAGAUUGAUGCCAAGUUGGACCGAUAAUCACUGUAAGCGGACGGGUGGAUCGCUAUGAUUUGACGACGGCGGCGCAUGCUCGGCCGCCACUGUCACCUGCGCCCGAUUUUGCUGAAUACACGGCUACGAGCUGGCUGAAGGGCCCAAUCCGGAAA